CAACCAAUAGCUACACGAUAUCAUUCAGUUACCAGCUAAUUGAUAAUAAGCAAGAUGUUCAAAGUGUUGAUGUUUAUUUGUUUCUUGGCUUUGGCUGCUGCCAAGCCUUUCGUUCCGGUUGCUUACACGGCGCCCGUAGCCGCGGCGUACACAUCACCCUUUGCUGCUGCGUACACGGCACCUGUGGCGUACUCUGCCUACACCGCUCCUGUUGCUGCCUACUCCGCAUAUAGCUAUGCCACCCCUUACGCCGCUUACUACUUACGUGGAAACAUACAACUGGAAACGAUAACAAUAAUUAAAUAAAGUAUUUAUCCUAUAAAA